GUGUUGCUGUUAUUUUGGAGAUGAUUCUUUACAGAAUUAAUAAACAACAAAAAAUCAAUAAAAUAACUGAUUAUUCUGUUCGAAAAUCUCUACAACUCAAAGAAAAUGAUAUCUCUAUAAGGCUACUUUUGCCUUUAUCUGCCAGCCAUACUUUGUUAUUUACUUGUUAUUUAGUUUUAUAUACUUCACUCAAGUUUGCAUUUGAUAGUGCUGAUGGUUUAAGCUAUGCAGCAGCUGUUGAGGGAGCUCACCUGGUUUGUUUAUUUUUAGUUUGGGCGUUUCGUAAAGUGGGCAUUUUGAAAUUGGAGCAUUUUGUCGUUUAG